GAUCUGGAUUCAGAGCGGGGCCUCCUUGGAGCUGUUCUCGCGAGAGUUCCGCGAGAGGCUCCCGGCCGCUGCCUGUGGGAUCGCCGCCACUGGAGCCCAAGCGGGGCGCUGAAGCGCGAGCGGGUGUCUUGCGGCGUCGGCGUGCGCUCCCUCCCCGGGGAGCGGCUGCAGGAGGACCGCGGCGGGAGCAGCCUCGAGCCGUGCAGCCGGCUCCGGCACCUUGCCGACGCUCGUAGGAGCCGCCGCGGCUGACAGGGGCGGCGGGUCGCAGCCUCCACACCUGCGCGGGUGGCGGGCGCGGGGUCCGGUCUGCCGCGGGCGGGCGCAGAGGAGAGCGUGCGGCUGCAGGCAGGAGCCCCCGCUCGGCCACCUCCUCGCCCCGCUGCUGCCGCUGGAAGAUGUCGCAGGAGAGGCCCACGUUCUACCGGCAGGAGCUGAACAAGACCAUCUGGGAGGUGCCCGAACGAUACCAGAACCUGUCCCCGGUGGGCUCGGGCGCCUAUGGCUCGGUGUGUCCCUUAGAAGAUUUGCGGAGUUUUAUCAGCUUGUAAGUACCGAGUGCUGCUUUUGAUACAAAGACGGGGCAUCGUGUGGCAGUUAAGAAGCUGUCGAGACCGUUUCAGUCCAUCAUUCACGCCAAAAGGACCUACCGAGAGUUGCGUCUGCUGAAGCACAUGAAACACGAAAAUGUGAUUGGUCUGUUGGAUGUGUUCACACCCGCAAGGUCACUGGAGGAAUUCAAUGACGUGUACCUGGUGACCCAUCUCAUGGGGGCGGACCUGAACAACAUCGUGAAGUGCCAGAAGCUGACCGACGACCACGUUCAGUUUCUCAUCUACCAGAUCCUCCGAGGGCUGAAGUAUAUACAUUCGGCUGACAUAAUUCACAGGGACCUAAAGCCCAGCAACCUAGCUGUGAACGAAGACUGUGAGCUCAAGAUUCUGGAUUUUGGGCUGGCUCGGCACACUGAUGAUGAGAUGACAGGCUACGUGGCUACCAGGUGGUACCGAGCCCCAGAGAUCAUGCUGAAUUGGAUGCACUAUAACCAGACAGUGGAUAUUUGGUCCGUGGGCUGCAUCAUGGCUGAGCUGUUGACCGGAAGAACGUUGUUUCCUGGUACAGACCAUAUUGAUCAGUUGAAGCUCAUUUUAAGACUCGUUGGAACCCCAGGGGCUGAGCUUCUGAAGAAAAUCUCCUCAGAGUCUGCAAGAAACUACAUUCAGUCUCUGGCCCAGAUGCCGAAGAUGAACUUCGCAAAUGUAUUUAUUGGUGCCAAUCCCCUGGCUGUCGACCUACUGGAGAAGAUGCUCGUUUUGGACUCAGAUAAGAGGAUCACAGCAGCCCAAGCUCUUGCGCAUGCCUACUUUGCUCAGUACCACGACCCUGAUGAUGAGCCUGUUGCUGACCCUUAUGACCAGUCCUUUGAAAGCAGGGACCUUCUCAUAGAUGAGUGGAAGAGCCUGACCUAUGAUGAAGUCAUCAGCUUUGUGCCACCACCCCUUGACCAAGAAGAAAUGGAGUCCUGAGCACCUGGUUUCUGUUCUGUCUAUCUCACUUCACUGUGAGGGGAAGACCUUCUCAUGGGAACUCUCCAAAUACCAUUCAAGUGCCUCUUGUUGAAAGAUUCCUUCAUGGUGGAAGGGGGUGCAUGUAUGUGUUAGUGUUUGUGUGUGUGUGUGUGUCUGUCUGUUCGUCUGUCCACCUAUCUUUGUGGAAGUCACUGUGAUGGUAGUGACUUUAUGAGUUGUGAAUGGUCCUUGGCAGUCUGCCUGCUUUCUCAGAGUCUGGGCAGGCCGAUGGGAACUGUCAUCUCCUUAGGGAUGUGUGUGUUCAGUGCAAAGUAAGAAAUAUGAAAAUAUCCCUGUUCUUAGUUACCUUGCCACUUUGGCUUCUCCUGUGGCCCUGCCUUUACCAUAUCAGUGACAGAGAGAGGCUGCUUCAGGUCUGAGGCUAUCCCUCAGCCAUGCAUAAAGUCCAAGAGAACCAACUGGCUCCUGGUCUCUAGCCUGUGACCGGCUUGCUUAAUGUCCUCAGAACCUGACAGGUAUGUUCAAAACUGUCAGUCUGUUUGUGCCUUAAAAGGGUGAGAAGGGCGCGUAGAUAGUUACAGAGUCUCAGCUGCUGACGUUCUGAGCCAGGCAAGUGCACGGGGCUGUUGGAUGGCCAGUGGGGAGCUGGAAAAAACAAGGCAGCCUUUAGGAAGGCCAUGGUGCAUGUGUGUGCAUGCGUGUAUGUGCAGCCGCCCUCCCUCACUUCAGGAGCAAGCUGUUUGCUGUGCUUACCCUUCACCUCAGUGCAGAGGUCUCCAGUGCCGAGCACAGGCACCUGCCAUCAGUAGUUCCUGUGUCAUCUUCACAUCUAGCAGAGCACGGAUGUGUUUGCAUGCUGUGCUCUUGGAGCUUGUCCUGUCUUCUGGAAGCCCUGGACAAGGCGUGUGAAGGCUUCCCAGAAGUUCCUGUCCACAUUGCCUCCGCCCACCGACGCCAUGGGCACACUGCUCCCUCCUCCUCCUCCAGCUACUUUGUGUUGAACACAAUUGAUUCUCCAGGUGCUCAUGGUGCAGGAAAACAGGACAGACAGAGAGCACCUGAACCCUUGCCAUCUGAUGUCACCAAUUCAGGAAAACGAGUCCUCUCCUAGGACUAUCCCCGGUUCUGGAAAUCAUGUUCUCCUCACUCAUGGUGACAAGCUAAGAAAGCUGAACAAAGGGAGAGACGAGAGCGCCUGAAGCCAGGAGCUCCUUUACUAUCUUUCUCAAAAGGGUUGUUAGACACAAACCAAGUCAUCAAGGCCCCGCUCCUCUCCUCGGAAGGGUCCCCCACCCCCCGGCAGCUUGACACUGAAUCCAGUGUCAAUUUGGGGAGAAAGCAGUUUUGUCUUGGAAUUUUGUAUGUUGUAGGAAUCCUUAGAGAGUGUGGUUCCUUCUGAUGGGGAGAAAGGGCAAAUUAUUUUAAUAUUUUGUAUUUUCACCUUUAUAAACAUGAAUCCUCAGGGGUGAAGAACUGUUUGCAUAAUUUUCUGAAUUUUGAGCACUUUGUGCUAUAUAAGGACCCAUAUUUAAGCUUUGUGUGCAGUAAGAAAGUGUAAAGCCAAUUCCAGUGUUGGACGUGACAGGUCUUGUGUUUAGGUCAAGGUGUCUCCUCUCAGUGCAGGGACAUGCCUGCUCUGUGGGGCAGGCGAGGACCCUGAAUCAUUUGGAGCCCAGAAGGAGGCAGACUGGCCAGGUCUCACCACCUCAGUGUGCAGUUCAACUCCAUGCCAUCCCAUCAAGAUGGGUUAGUAGCAGUGUCUGUUUUUGAAUGCCAAGUGUGAUUUCCAACAAUUCUGCUCUGGUUAUUUCAUUGAAGACAUCUUUGCACAUGUGACCAUGCUGUGUUAGGGGCUGUGUUCCAGGGACUGGACUCGAAGCUAGAACUGGCAGAAGAGUUCUGGCAUCCACAGCGCAAUGCUGCCACCACCCAGUUUCUUCAUCAGAAGACAAGGGAACGAGAAAACUGCUGUUCGUUUGUAUUUGUGAACUUGGCUGUAAUCUGGUAUGCCAUAGGAUGUCAGAUAAUACCACUGGUUAAAAUAAAGCCUAGUUUUCAAAUUCA